UCACGCAACAACUAAAAAGCCGCUCAUUAAGUAUCGCUCUUCUGAUGCCAUGGUGUUCACAUCGCAUGAAAUCCCAUAAAAAUGAAACGGCAAGAGAACAGUGGGGACAUGUGAUUGGUCUCUUUGAACACGAGUCCGAUAAUCUCUCUGUGACGUCAAUGCGAUCAACUUAAGGAAGGAGACAUCGCUUCACUGAAGAGACAGACAGAGGUAGUAGUGAUUUACACAGGGAGGUCUACUUCCUGUCUUUCAUACUCGCCCGUGAAAAUCCAUAUAUUCCUGCACAACUCCAAGGAUGAGGUUUUGAUGGGCUUCUUCUACAAUCUGAUUCAUCACCAUGACACCGACCUCAGGUCAACUGCCCCGCACAGAUGUCAGCAACAUCUCUGAAGACUGCAGGGUCAAUGACCAGAUGCUGCCCUUUACCUUCUUCUACUCCCUCAUCUUCCUGAUAGGCAUGGUGGGCAGUAUGCUGGCUCUCUGGGUGUUCUGCUACAGUCGCGAUGCCAAGAAAUGCAUCAACGUGUACUUGAUCAACCUUCUCACCGCCAACUUCCUAUUGAUGCUGGCCCUGCCCUUCAAGAUUACCAUCGAUCUGGGUGUGGCUUCCUGGAAUCUCAAGAUCUUUCACUGCCAGGUGUCUGCUGUGCUCAUCUACAUCAACAUGUAUGCCUCCAUCAUCUUCCUGGCCUUCGUCAGCGCUGACCGCUACCUACAGAUAGCCAAUAGCUCACGUUUCUUCCGUAUCCAGGAUGUGGGAUUCGCGAGGAUGAUGUCACUGGUGGUGUGGGCACUUGUCCUGUUCAUCAUGGUACCUAACAUGGCCAUUCCCAUUAAGACUAUUCCAGAGAAGCCCCACGUCACCUGCGCUGAGUUUAAGCAGGUGGUAGGCCUCCACUGGCACACACUCACCAACUUCCUAUGCAUGGCUGUCUUCCUGAAUGCCUCUGCAGUUGUACUGCUGUCCAAUGGAUUUGUGCUGAAGCGGCUCUGGGCCGGAAGGAGAGGGAAUCCAGAAGAGCAAGAUGGAGCCCGACGUGCCACAAGGAGCAUCGGCACGGUGACGCUGGCCUACAUCGUAUGCUUCGUGCCCUACCACCUGGUCAGGACACCGUACACAUUCACCCAGAACCAGGUUCUGAGCGGCUGCUCACUCAAACGCCAGCUCUUCCUGGCCAAGGAGUCAACGCUGCUACUGGUGGACCCCGUCGUCUGCUUCUACCUGUCACACUCCUUCAGACAGAAGAUCACUGAGGCUUUUCGGGCAGGGAGAACUAGCUUCCCACAGUAUUUCCUUUCCAGGAAUGGAUCCCCUUAAAGCAAGAUGGAGAAAAAUAUGCCAGAUAACAGGUUGUUUCCAAAAUGACACGAAGAGGACAUUCUCCUUAAUUCAACAUGCGACCCAUUCUCAGGAUUAGUUUUAUUAAAAUUAAUAUAUAUGUUUUUUGAAUGAGGGCUUGAUAGAAGUAAAUAUAUAAAGCUACUUAUUUUGGUAGGUUUCAAAGUACAGAUGUUUUACUGCUAUGUUAAAAUGCAUUAAAAAUUAUUGCUUUGGUUAAAA